AACUUUUUAUGAAUCUUUUACAUAAACCCAUAAAAUAGUUUGGAAGAAAAUAAAUAGCAAGUACGAUAAGAUCUUCAAAUUCACCUUGACAACGACAAGGCUGGAUGAAAUCCCAUUUUUGAGUGAUCAUGUUCACAAGCAACAUCAUGUGAUGGGCCACAUUAAUAUGAAUAAACAAUUUGAGUAAUCUUUUCGAAUUAAUUUGUACAAACAAAAGCCGCAACUAAAAUUCAUUAUAAGUACAAUUCCAGACAUUGCAAUUAUAUGUCUUUUCAAGCCAUUUUAUAUAUACAAGAGAGAGAGAAAGAGAGAGAGAGAGAGAGAGAGUUGAAAAUGAGGGAGGAAAUGAACCAGCAAACACAAACAAGAAAGAUCAAAGGUGGCUUAAUCACAAUGCCUUUCAUUAUAGCAAAUGAGGCAUUUGAGAAGUUGGCAAGCUAUGGUUUGGUGCCAAACAUGAUAUUGUAUUUGAUGAAUGAUUACAAGUUUGGUAUAGCUAAAGGGACAAACAUAAUCUUCCUGUGGUCAGCAGCUACUAACUUUGCCCCAAUCUUAGGGGCCUUUCUCUCUGACUCGUAUUUGGGUCGCUUCCUCACCAUCGCCUUCGGUUCUCUCUUUUCCCUUCUGGGUAUGUUACUACUAUGGUUAACAACAAUGAUCCCACAACUGAAGCCACCCCAUUGCAACCAGUUAACCGAAGCCUGCAAGCCAUCAACACAUUCUCAAUUCGCUUUCUUGAUCUUCGCCUUCAUGUUCAUCUCAAUCGGAGCGGGUGGUGUUAGACCGUGUUCACUAGCAUUUGGUGCAGAACAAAUUGACAACAAAAACAAUCCCAACAAUGGGAGGGCAUUAGAAAGCUUCUUUGGGUGGUAUUACGCUGCUAGCGCAAUGGCGGUGCUUGUCGCGUUUACCGUCAUUGUUUACAUUCAAGAUCAUGCUGGAUGGAAGGUUGGUUUUGGGGUUCCAAUGAUUCUCAUGCUUUUAUCUGUCAUUUUGUUCUUUGUAGCUUCUUCUCUUUAUCUCAAGACUAAGGUUACAAAGAGUAUAUUCACAAGCUUUGUACAAGUGCUGGUUGCUGCUUAUAAGAAUCGAAAAGUCGUCGCCGGACCCCCAAACCGGUGGCAUCAUCUUAGGAAAGAUUCAGCCACCACCACCGUACCCACCGAGAGACUUAGGUUUCUAAACAAAGCUUGCAUAAUUCAGAACCCGAAAGACGUAACACCAGACGGUUUCGCUUCAAAUCCAUGGCGCCUAUGCACAAUCGAGCAAGUUGAGGAACUAAAAUCGCUAAUCCGAGUUCUACCCUUGUGGUCAUCGGGGCUCAUGAUGUCGAUAAACGUAAGCCAAUCAUCAUUUCCAGUUCUCCAAGCGAAAACAAUGGAUCGACAUCUAGGUUCAUCAACCUUCCAAAUCCCACCUGGCUCUUUCCCCUUCUUUACCAUCGGCACAAUCGCAAUUUGGGUGAUCCUAUACGACCGCGUAAUAAUCCCAUGUUUGUCAAAAAUCCUACAAAAACAAGUUCAUCUUGGUGUCAAAUUUAGAAUGGGGAUCGGUCUUGUGAUCUCCACAUUAGCCAUGAUAAUUUCCGCCAUAGUUGAACACAUUCGACGAAAGAAAGCAAUUGAAGAAGGAGCCGUGGUUAACAUGUCAGCAAUGUGGCUAAUUCCACAAUAUUGUUUACAUGGUUUAGCCGAGGCGUUGAGUGCGGUCGGGCAAAAUGAGUUUUAUUAUUCGGAGUUAACAAAAAGCAUGUCUAGCAUUGCGGGUUCGCUAUUCUUGGUGGGGAUGGGGGUGGCUAAUUUGUUGGCUAGUGUUAUAUUAAGCGCGGUUGAGAAGUUAAGUAGAGGAAGCGGGAGCGAAGGGUGGAUUACGUCGAAUAUUAACGAGGGUCGUUACGAUUGUUACUAUUGGGUUCUUGCAAUAAUGAGUUUUGUGAACUUGUUUUAUUUUGUUGCUUGUAGCUGGGCUUAUGGUCCUUGUGUAGAUGAAAAGGAGACAUGUGAAGACUCGGAUGAAGAGUGACUUGUUUAGCUUGCUUGUAUUUGAUUUAGAUAAUUACUUAUG